UCGAAGCAAGAGUUUGGAAACCGAACCAUCUUCUCAACAAUGCAUUAUUAUGGAUAGAUUUGAAAAGAAAAAGUGAUUUAAACAAAACCUAUAUCCAAACUUCUGACGCACACUGUAAACAAAACAAAGGAAUAAUGAUGCUAAAUUCACGGCAAGAUUUGGCAUCUGGACCGCAGAAUCAGGUUCAACCUUUAACUGCAAGAACUAUGAAGCGUCUAGAUGCUGAGACUGUCUAUGAUACAGACAGUCCACGGACACGCAACCUGAAAGCCUUGAGAGUCAAACGCCUGGCUUAUUUUAAUCAGGGAAGCAAGCCAUCAGACCCAGCUGAUGCUGGAACACCACCAUCUGUUUCCAGGGCAUCAUUUUCGAGUCCUAAUGAGGUGAAUACAGUUGACGGCCCUGUCAUUAAAGUACCUCAUUCUUCUGAACUCUCAGAACAGAAAGCUGACAGAAACAUAAAGCCAGCCCAUGAACUAACUUGCAUGGAAUUUUUAAAUAACAAUCCUGACACAGUCAUAGAUGCACAGUCUCCCACAGGGAGGACUGGUAGUGCAGAUCUAGACUAUUCCCUUCUUGAAGACGUAACAGUUUCAGAAACUGAGAAGAUGAGGUAUGUUUUAAGAUGGGCUCAGAAUUACAUUAAACCGUGCGAGGAAGACAAUGGACUGCCAUCCUCAGAAGUGCCCCUCCAGGAGAGAUCUCAGAGCCUUUUUAAAAAUAGUGGUAUAGAACAUUCAGGAACCUGUUCUUCUUUUUGGAUACAUGAGUCUGAUGGUAGCCUGCCCAUUGGUAUCAGCACAAGAACAAGCUCUUCCUUUGACAUGAUGAAGGAUUCCAGAUUAGAAGACAUAUGUCCUUCACCCAAUCUGUGGGCCAACAGAGGGUCUCUUCUUCAGCCUGUGGAUUUACAGAUCAAUCAGGUUGAUUCAGAGAAAGUAAACUACGCUGGUUAUAAUGAGAGGCAGAAAAGGAUAUACCAGGACUCUUUAUUGAACGUAAACAAAUCGUCAACUUAUGAUGACUCUAGCUAUAAAAAAGUUUCUGAGUGUGGCUACUGUACUGGGAUCCAAGAAAUGAUCUGUAGACAGAUGACUAGUCCAGAAUAUGCUGGUGAAAUAAAUCAAAUAAACCUUAUCAAGUCUAGUGAAAAUGAAGUUUUAGAAAACAUACAUCCACUUGUAUCUGGUUGCUCUACAAACAAAUCUACUCAUUACCAGGAAGAAAAAUAUUUUUGGUCUCCUCUUCAGGAUGAUUCUGAUGAAGAAUACCCUUAUGCUUUUGCAAAUAGGUCCGCUACAAUUGCCAAUCCUUCACACUACACAGAUCUUGAUGAGUGCUCAGAGAAAAGUUCUGCCAGAACACUGACACUGAAAACAGAGUCUAUGAAAAAUUGGUUUGGGUCAGUAGAUGUUCCAGAGAAACAAGUGCACAAGUUGGUGGAUGCUACUUCCAGGCUGCAUUUAAAACACGAUGCUUGGGAAACCAAGGAAGGCAGUGGUGCAGCAUCUACGUGGUAUGCUACAGAAAAUCUGAAGUACCGCAACACUGCUGAGGUGAAUCGAGAAGACAGUGACCUGCUUUUGAAUCAUGCAGAACUGGUAAAAGAGCUGAAAGUAAAUCUAGGUUCAGAUUUAAAAACACCUAAGAAGGAGGAUUAUCACAUGAAUGGAGACACAAUUGAAACGAUAGACAAAAGCACAGGGGGGACUUUCAUGGUGAACAGUGUGAGUCUGGAUAAAGAGCAUUGCAAUAUCAUGGAGGGAAAGGAAGAAAAAGUCUCAUAUCUGAACUGCACAAAGGAUAAUCUUGUCCACCCUGCACAACACAAUUCCAACAAUAUGUUCAGGUUCUGUCCUGAAUGUUCAAGCCCAAAUGAUCCGGAUAGCAACUGGUGCAUUCAUUGUGGUUGUGCACUGAUUGGAAUUAUACCAAGGCUUUGCAAAGAAGACAACAGCCAGAUAUUGAAUUUAAAAGUACAGAGUAUGCCAAUGAAAAAAAUUAAUUUAUCAAAAGAAAAUACAUACUUAGUUGAAUCUACAAAAACAUUUAGUAGUCUUCCUGAAUCUGUUAGUUCUGAAGGUUCCAACACCAAUUGCAAUACAGAACAAGGCUCUAGUCUUAGUGUUUAUGAAAAAUAUCUGAUGUACAUUGAACAUCUCAAAGGCAUUAAAAAUCUGAAUGGUGUGAAUACCUCUGAAUUAAGCCAGUCUGAGAACAUGAAGUACGACAGACACACAGGAGGGACAGUUGUGUCCCAACAUUGUGAUCUAUUUGCAGGAAGUGACAUCAAUGAAAGAAGUGAUGCCAUCAAUAGAAGCUGCAGCAGGAAUGGGAAAACUCAGUUUCACCAGCAGAGGGAGCCCAGAGCAAGCAGUGAGCUAAAUGACUGUGCUCCUGACUGUGAGCAGAGUAGCUGUGGUGUGUUAUCAUCUGUAGACAACAUUCUGGGGGUUGAAGAGCAGGAUAUACUAACUCUUGCUCAUGCAAUCACAGAGCAAGCUUCAGAAGUUCAAAACACAACCCUUCUUGAAAGUCGUGUUUUUGAGCAGGAAUAUUAUACCACACCUCCAACUACUAGUGAUCAAACAAGAAAAACAUUGCAAGACCUGAAGCCCAAGAAGUUCAAAAACAUUCAAACCAGUCUGUCUGGGCAUAAAAGGUACUGGGAGAAGUCAAGCAUUGCAUGGUCAUCUUACAGUCACGGACAAUUAAAGCCAAGGUAA